AACACACAGAACACAGAGUUUAACAGCGAGUCUCGCGCAUGUUACAAACUCCGCACACGAGCUAAUCAGAGUUUUUGUGGAAACUUUUACUUUUUUCCUGGUUUAAAAAAAUCCAAAACAGCAGCAACAACAACAGCAACAACAAAAGCGAUUUCCAGACUGAGAUACUGAGAUGUUCUCGGGUAACAUCAUCGUUCUGCUGUAAACUGGAUGGUUUGUGUGGAGGAACGGAAAGGAGAAGCGGCUCGCGCACGGAAGGAGCUGCGCGUGCAGGGAAGGAGCUGCGCGUGCAGCCGGACAACAGGGACUGGAGAAAACAACAACAACAACAAUAAUAAUAAUAAUAACAAUAAUAAUAAUAAUAAGAGGAAGAAUGAAGUGGACUUGUGGCGCAUUUUUACACGUUUAAACACCUAACACGAGGAUGUUGUGAGGAUUUCUGUCAUCCAGGCUUAAGGAGAUGUCUGUGAUUGUUUGAUCAUCUGCCAUGGCGAUGAAGGAGCUUCCUGUACCUGGAGUUUUGAUUCCUGCUGCUGUGCUGCUCUGCGUUCUCAUUGGAGUUGGAGGUGAGCAGCCUGUGCUGAGGGUGAAACAGGGAGGUUCUGCGCUGCUGAAUUGCCCCCUCAGUCCUCCUGUAGAAGAGGUUUCCUCUGCUUCGCUGCACGUCGUCGAGUGGGUGCGUCGGGAUUACGACAUUCCCAUCCUCAUCAAGUUCGGAGCACAUGCACCAAGAGUGCAUCCCAGAUAUGAAGGUCGUGUGUCUCUUGCCCAUGGAACGGCUCUGAGGGUAAAGGAUCUGGUCCUGCAGGAUGGAGGCUGGUACGAGUGUCGCAUCCUGCUGCCAGAUAAAUCCUCAGAGGAGACUCGGAACGGCAGCUGGACGCUUCUCUCAGUCACAGCCCCGCCUGUGUUUACUGAAACUCCGCCCUCGAUCACAGAAGCCUUGUUCGGAAGACCAAUCACAUUGAAGUGUGUUGCCCAUGGCAACCCUCCUCCCACCAUAGUGUGGUAUAAAGAAGGUGUUGUGAUCAACCAGACCAGCGUGAACCAUGUUAACGUGAUGGUCCUGAAUGGGAGUCUGACGUUUUCUUCUGCAAGCAGAGAGACAGCAGGACGUUAUCAGUGCCAAGCCUCUAACAGUGAGGGAAAUGAAAUUCACACCAUGCAGCUCAGGGUCAAAGGUCCUCCGUUUAUCCUGAUUCCCCCGACGGACACCGUCCUCAAUAUGUCCCACAAUGCCUUGCUGCGGUGCCAGGCUGAGGCCGAUCCUCCCAACAUGACCUACGUGUGGAUGAGAGACGGAGACAACGUCUACCAUAUAGAAUCUCUGAAGUCUCGUGUGAAGGUGAUGGUAGACGGAACACUACUCAUAUCUAAAUUAAUCCCCAAGGAUUCUGGGAAAUACACGUGUAUGCCUACGAAUGGCCUUCUGACUCCGCCUACUGCCUCAGCCACACUUACAGUGCGACACCCAGCGCAGGUCACCCAGAUGCCCGAGCAGAUCUUCCUGCCUACAGGAAUGAGAGGUGUGAUCUCCUGCCCGCUGCUUUCGGACCCCCCUCUGCUCCGAGUGGACUGGACCAAAAAUGGAAAAGCGCUGGACCUGAAUGCUUACCCAGGCUGGAUCCUGACCUCAGACGGUUCCGUCGUUAUCACUACGGCUAACGACGACGCGGUGGGCGUGUACACCUGCACUCCGUAUAACAGUUAUGGUACGAUGGGCCAAUCAGAGCACACCACCGUCAUCCUGCAGGACCCUCCAUCGAUUGCACUCGCUCCGCAGAAGGAGUACAGUACGGAGGCGGGAAGGACGCUGAUCGUUCCCUGCCAGGCACACGGAGAUCCUCCACCUACAGUCACAUGGGCCAAGCUCAGUCCCUCUGUCUCUCUCCCUCUGUACUCUGUAUCAGAAAAUGGUUCUCUGCUCCUUCAGUCUGUGAGUAAAGAUCAUUUUGGUGAGUGGGAGUGCAGUGUGACGAACAGAGUCUCCACCGUCAGAGCCUCCACCACUGUCAUAGUGCUCGGUACAAGUCCUCAUGCUGUGUCCUCCGUUUUCUCUGAAGUCGGAGAACACCAAGCCAAUGUGUCCUGGGUGCCUGGAUUUGAUGGAGGAUUUACACAAACUUUCACAGUCUGGUUAAAGUGUGUGUGUGAAGAUGAGGAGCAGCAGGACUGGCACUCGGCUCCUGGUCCGUCCUCCAGCACCAGCGUGCUGGUCAGUGAUCUUCUUCCCUCCACCGAGUACCAGUUCAGCGUGAUGGCUCACAACAAGCUGGGCAGCGGCCCAUUUAGUAACAUCACUACUGCACGAACCAUGGACGCACUUCCCACAUCGCCCAAGCUGGAACCGCCCACGCUGCUAUACUUUAACCAGAGCUCUGAGGGUGUUUAUCUACGUUGGGCGGUGCCUUCGCCUCAGCAGCUACCUAUCGACAGUUUUGUCCUCCAGUCACGUCUCGAGGAUGGGGAGUGGUCGACUUUGGAUGAGAACAUCAAUGCGAAUAAGAGCGAAAUGCUUGUUCAGGGAUUGCGAAAGAACUCCAACUAUGAGUUAAGACUCCUGUCUCGUCAUGGAGAGCAGCUGAGCAUGCCCAGUCACUCGUUCAACAUCUCCACUCUCGUCAUGGAUAAUCCUAGUUCACGCUUCCCAGAGAUGGAGCCUCGGCCACUAUGGACUGGAGUCAUGAUUGGGAUGGGUGUCCUGUGCCUUUUACUUCUGGUACUCUUGGUCACGGUGUGUUUGAUCGGCCGUAAAAGAAACCGGCAACACAGGAAGAUGAUGCGAGAUCACGCCCCUGCUGCUUCUAGGAAAGCUAGCUCAGCCCCUGACAGUCCUGACAGUGUAUUAAAACAGAAGCUCCUCCCCCUUCGCCCACUCUCCAGUUCCUCCUCUUCCUCAGACCACUCCUCCUUGGAAAAAUCCAACCGAAAUGAUUAUCCUGACCAAAAACAUCACCAGCUCCCACGGACUCAACCCCCUUCCCACGGCUCAGAACACGAGAGCCACCUACGCCGUUCCUCCACCGUGGACCUCAUUCACCGUGGGCCAGAUGGCCGAUUCAUGCUUGAGGGAUAUGAAGAACUUAGCACGUUAGAUCUUGCUCCAUCCAUACAUGAGAUGUCAAUGCAAGCUUUUUCACGCUCAUCUGGGCGACCCGGUGAUGCAACACUACGCAAAUCGCAAUCAAUGCGCUCUUACAGGAGUGACAGAAAGCAUCCUCCUUUCGUCCUUUCCGUGGACAUGCCUUCUUGUGGAUUGGACAUUUCUUCUGGUAGAUCGCAAACGUUGCCUAGAUAUGGCUGCUACUCUGUGUCUUUGGGAAAGGAGAUCUCAACUAGAUCAAGUCUGGCUUCUGAAAUCAGCGGUUCGGUUCUCUACACACCAUCAGACAACUGUUCAACGCUAAAGUAUGGCGGCACUCGUUCUACAGCCAGCACAAUUGUUCUGCAAAUGGAGCAUGAAAAAGAACAAGGCAACCUCAGUCGUUGUCUUACGCUGGCCCGAGAGAGAGAGAAGCUGGAGCGAGAGUUGCGCAAGUACACUCUGGAUCAUAACUUUCAGUCAAGAGAAGCGGAAGUCAAGAGAGGUGGAUCACUCCGAGUGGAGAGUAGGAGGGAAAUUGAGGAAAGAGGCUGGAAAGAUUUGGACACGUCAAAAUCGUUACAAGUUACACAUCUGUCCAACAGAGGGCAGUGUCUAUCCAGUAACACCCUUACUCCAAGAGUUCGAGCUUCCUCAUGUAUUCCGUGGGAGGCUGGAUAUAUAAUGUCUCCCAGUAACCUUGUGCAAACACAAAAUUGCCACAAAGAGACCUUUGAGUUACUGAAGGACUCUCAUUUAAACAAAAUGUCAAACCAAAGGAGGUCUAAAAGUCUAGAGCGAGGGGAGCACCAAAGAUCAGGUGUAAAAGAUCAGCGGCGAAGGCGAACCAUAACUGAAGGUGCCCCUGUCAAUUUUGAUAAUAAACCUUCAGACCCAACAUGGGAAAGAUCUCAUUAUAGCGUUCAGGGCAGCCUGAAGUAUCCUCUAGCUUACAAUCACAGUCAGCAUCAUAUUUUCCCACGAAUGAGUCACUUGGGAAAUACACAACAAGGAGGAAAAGCAGAGAAAAGCAGAGAGAAGGUUGGCUGUGCAGCUGAUUAUGUGGAGAUGUGUGUGGAUGAGCCAGAGAUACAGGCUCAGAAUCCCCUAACGAGGGCUCCGCCGCAGUCCAUGGAUUUUCAGAGACCCAGUUUAAGUCAGCUGCAGAUGGAGACAGAAAGACAAUCAGGGUACAAAACCAUUCAAAAAGGCUUGAGAAGAGACCUGCUGAGGAUGAGUAGUGGGUCUAGCAGAACCCUUCCUUCAAAACAUCGACAAAGCCCGGCUUUCCAGGAUGGUCUUUGUGGGACUUCUCAAGACAUAAAUCACCACAAAAGUGCCCCUAGUUUGGAGGAUAAAAUGUACAGUGAGCAAUUCCUGCCCCCUGAUGCUUGGAUUGACUCGCUAAACACGGGGCAAAAUUCCUACCUGUCUCCUUUGCCGAGUGGAGAAGAGAACCGGACAAUGCAGAGCCAAGAAGCUCAGCCAUGUACACUUUCAGAAAAUCAGCUACAAGACUCCCAUCAUCAGCAGGCCUCUAAUACUGCCUCUACCGUUGAUCAAGACUGUCAGCACCACAGUCCGCCUUCCUUGCCUUCAGAGGAUUCCAGCUGGCCUCUAAUGCAUUGCUACUCUCCAGAACCCGAGGGAAGUUGCCGGAGCUAUGCCAGCCAUAGCAGUGGCAGAGGAAGUCUGGAUCAGCCGAGCAGCAGGCAGUCUUUGUCUUUUAGCCCACCUCUUAACAGCUCUCUAGAGAUCCCAGAGGAAAGCAAUAGAGAGGAGGCUGGCCAGCGCUCACUACAGGAAUGCUACAGGAGAGAUUCUGUUGACGAGAACUACGAGUGGGACUCGCACUACAUUUCUGUGAACUCUACUGACCUGAAAACGUCAAUCAGUGCAACCUGCCUGCAGGGGGAGAUCCUGAGCAAGGGAAGACAGAGGAGCGCAGUGAACGACAGCAGGCUGGCUUUAAAGCAGGAAAAGAGAGGUCUGUAUCGCCCGCUUAGCAUUUUGCCCCCAAGUUGUGAAGAGUCUCUCCUGGAGCAAGAAAUUCAACACGGCUCUAUGUGCUACCCCGACCCUGACCCCACUGCUGAGGCUGUGCGAUUCUGAGUCUUACGUAAUCCACUGCAGGAUCCAAACAUGGUGGAGCAGCGAGAAAAGAUCUUAUCGUCACACACCUUCGAAACGCAAGAGACUCGACGAGACGCCAACAAAGCAAAACAGAACCAAGAUGCAAAACUUUGCUUUUUUUUUUUCUUUUUUUUUUAGCUUUCAGCGUUCAGAGUAUCCACAUCCUGUACCGCAGGAAAAAAGUUCGCUUUAAUACCCGUUAGCAGGAAAUAUGCAAACGAAGGCAGUCUGAUAUAUUCCUAGACCAUUCCAGUCCAGUGUUCGUGACAUCUCAGUGACAUUUGGAUCGGGGAUAAUUUCAGUGUGGAAUUGAGGAGAGCGUCUCUGAUUGGUUGCACUCGCCAGACUCAAAAGGAUGAAGGAAAUGAAUCCCUCGUUUCAUCACUCGUCUGAGAUUAAACCGAGCACGAAAGUGACUCAAGAACCUGCUGGAAAUAAGCUGCUGUGAUCUUUCAGCACUGUGAUUCACACUUCCUGUGUCUGCCAAUGAUAAAAAAAAAAAAGUUUAUGCCAAGAAAAGAACAGGUCUAAAUGGAGGACGGUCUUUAGUCCAGAUGGUCAGAUUCUGUAUUUUGGAGUAUUUCAGAUGGACGUGGUUUGAAGUAAACUUUCUCCAUGGUGGUUAGCGGCGCGUGGACAUCGAUAUCGAUCUGCGCUCGAGAGACACAGCACUGGGAUUAAAGGCCUGACCAGUUGUGAGGAAAAGUUCUAAAGAGAAGGAUUUCUUUUUACAAUCGUUGCCUUUGAGAAGAACAUGAGAGGAUGUGAACUGUGAUUGGUCCACCGAAGGCAUAAUCCAUUAUAUCAUGUGAAAAUGGCUUGAUGGAAGUUCACUUUUUUAUUUUAAACAACAAGAAAAAAAACUUUCAUGAAGGAUUACAGUGAAACAACAAGAAAAGACAAGCUUUAACUGUUUACUAAAUAUGUUUGAAUAUAUUAAGCUUUUUUCAUGUUAAGCCUCAUUUAUCAAACCAUAUACUAACGACUUUAUGUGUAAAGGAUUACAAGUCAUGAAGUUUACGUAACACGACCAGCUAACAGGAUCACGCUGUCAGGUUCAAAUGAUUUCCAUUUCUAAACAUUUAACUUUUUUUUGUGUUUGACUUGAUAACAAAUGUCAUAAAUGAAGACUAGGAAUUUAAUAAGAAUAAUAGAAAAUAAAUGGGGCUUAAAAAAAUUAAAAAGUCUGUGGUGGCUGAAGCACUGCAGUGGCUGAGCUGCAUUAUUGGGUUUAAUUGGACAUCAUUGGAUCUUCUCUUCUUCUCUUCUCUGAACAGUUUAGUCGUCAACUCGUCUUUGCCUCGUAUGGAGUUUUGUGGGCGUGUCCUUUGAAAACAUUCCGUAAUUUACAGACGAUUGACGGGUGUCCUUCUAAGUACGAAGAAUAUCGGCGGUGAUCCGAUCUUGGGAAAAUAUAUACCGUAUUUUCCGGACUAUAAGCCGCAACUUUUUUCACACGCUUUGAACCUUGCGGCUUAAACAAUGACGCGGCUAAUAUAUGGAUUUUUCCCGCUUUCGAUUUUUUUCUUCCAAAAAACACAUUCUGUGACGUGCUCAGUUUUUUGGCGGCAUGAAGCUUUCAUUAGACCGAUGAAAUUGCCGAACGGGUCAAAGGCGGGGUCUCCGAUGUUUGAGAAAUGAUUCAGAAAACUGAGUCGGGAUGACACGCUAAAAAAAACAAAACUGACCUGUAGCCAAUGAACAGAAAGGGGCGUGUCUUGUCAAUAUGGGCGGAGAGAGUGUUCAGUGCACAUGUGUGACGUUAGCAGAAAGCGGUUUUAACAUUGACAUGGAGGAUAAAAACAAAGAAAGAAAGAGAAGAAAGACUUACGAUAAGGUAAGAAGUAGGACGUGUUAAUAUAGGAUCAGCUUUCCAGCGCUGGAGAGAACUGAAGGAGCAGGAAGUUGGUCACAUAUUCACAGAUUGGAGUUUCCUGAGUCAAUAACUCCUGAGCUAAACGCUGUCACUACACAAAUAACACCUCUUUUCUAUCGUAGUAAUGUAGAGACGCAGCUACAACCGUGUUUUGUGUAGUAACAGCGUUUAGAUCAGGAGUUAUUGACUCGAGUUAUUGAGUUAUUGACUUCCUGCUCCUUCUGUACCUGUAGGCACCUCCGGCUUAUAGACAUGUGCGGCUUAUUUAUGUUCAAAAUAAUAAUUUUUUUAAAAUUCAGUGGGUGAGGCUUAUAUUCAGGUGCGCUCAAUAGUCCGGAAAUUACGGUAGUCCAAGUUUUUAGUUCCAGUAUUUUAACUAGAGGGAAAAGAGAGAUUGAUAAAUGAGGCCUAGUGUGUGAUGAACCCUGUAAGAAGUAAGAAUAGCAAUUUAAAAAAGGAAAAAAAAAAGUUAGUGGAAGUACAGAGUUUGGCAGACAUAAUUCUUUUAUAAAGACACAGGAUGUGGAACAGCGCUUUAAAUGUCAGCUUAGUUUCCAAGGAAACACACACACACACACACACACUCCUUUAAACUCUGUGGACAUGGUCUCGGCGUAUAGAUCCGCGUCGACAGCAAAGCACAAAAUGUCUCUUGUGGUAUCCUCAAUAUCUCAAUUUGAAAUGGUCCUUAAAGGAGCCACGACAACGGCGAUAUUUUUUAAACAUUUUAUUUACGCUUCGAAAAGAUGACUGGAAAGAAACAAAGCCAUACAACAUACAGAAGGUGGAAAAUUUCAAUUAGACAAUAUAUCGCUAACCCUAACCUUGUGUCUGUCUGAACCGAGCUCAGAAAGCUGAAAGUGAGAAAAACACAGCAGGGAAUCGCUGUCGAGUCGGAGCGAGUCGCUGAAACAGACUUACAAGGUUUCGUUUAAGAGAGGAUUAAGUAUAAUUACACAUUGUAGGAUUUCACACUCGGAAAUCUUAUUUGAAAGCUUCUGUCAUGUCGGAAAAUAAAGUAAAAUAAAGAGAGAGGGAAAAAACCCAACCUGACAUGAUGUUUCUCAGAAUAGAAAAUUACGAUUGAAGAAAAGCCUGAAGACAAAGUCAAAAGAAUAGAUAUCUUUUUCUAUCCCAGUCGUUCGGUUAGCAAUAUUUUGUCCUGACGAAGAUAAAGAAAGAAAAAAAAAACAAACGUAUAAAUAAAUAAAGUUUAGAACAAUUUCACACCAUCAUGGAAAAGUCUCUAAACCAGGGGUCGACAACCCGCGGCUCCGGAGCCGCAAGUGGCUCUUUCAUCCUUCUGCUGCGGCUCCCUGUAGAUUUGGUAAAUAAAUAUUUAAUUAAAAUUUAUUUUAUUUUAGUUAGUUAGUUUUUUAAAAAAUGCAAUUGUGAAAUCCGACACAGAAGCAGACGCAUUUUUGGUUUGCUGCAGCCAGAUACGAAGAGGACUCAAUUAGACAUUCAUUCAUUCAUUCAUUCAUUCAUUUAUUUUCUACCGCUUAUCAGAACUACCUCGGGUCACGGGGAGCCUGUGCCUAUCUCAGGCGUCAUCAGGCAUCAAGGCAGGAUACACCCUGGACGGAGUGCCAACCAUCACAGGGCACACACACACACACUCUCAUUCACUCACACAAUCACACACUACGGACAAUUUAUUUCCAGAGAUGCCAGUCAACCUACCAUGCAUGUCUUUGGACCGGGGGAGGAAACCGGAGUACCCGGAGGAAACCCCCGAGGCACGGGGAGAACAUGCAAACUCCACACACACAAGGUGGAGGCGGGAAUCGAACCCCCAACCCUGGAGGUGUGAGGCGAACGUGCUAACCACUAAGCCACCGUGCCCCCUCAAUUAGACAUUGAACAUUUUAUUUGAACGUAACCUUCAACCCGGCGUCUGUUUUUGUUAAGGUUAGUUCAAACUGUUCAAAAGAUUUUUGUUUGCUUGCAGAAAUAAAAUUUCGUUUACUCGGUAACAGUUCAUUGAUUUCAUAAAUGUAACACACUACAGUUUUUUCUAUACUUUCCAUAAAGGUAAAAAACGAUAUAUAAAAAGGUAAAAAACUGUUAUCUUCAUUUUAGAUGUCAAAAGGGUUUUGUGGCUCCCUGUGCUUUUGUUUUCUGUGGGAAACGGGUCCAAAUGGCUCUGAGAGGGUUUAAGGUUGCCGACCCCUGGUCUAGACUGAUCUGUAUCUAGUAACCAGGGCUAAAGCUAGCGAUUAGCUUUUCACUCAGGUGUCUAUAGGACAAUCGACUUCCUUUAUCCAACCACCAGAGAAAUUAAACUUCAGCAACGUCCCUAAAUCUGACGGAUUUGCGGUUUGUUUAAACGUAAACAUGCUGCAAUUAAUUCACAGAUUUCUCAGCGGCGCUAAAAUCAACUUUUUUGUUGCUUGUUUUUAAGCCAUGGAAAUCAGACUGAAUGGAUGAGAAUGGAUGUGAGACAAUCUUCAAAAGAACGACGAGGGGGGAAAAAUAGUAAUAAUAAAAAAAUAGCAUUUAUACCCGAGCGGAACGACGCUAGCUUAAACCGCACAAGCGUUACAGAUUUCCUGCUUCAGCGCCAGACACAUUAUCAGGAAAAAAAACCUCAAGAAUACAGAUACAUCAAAAUAUCCACAGAUUAUUCAGUACUUAUUGGAGUUUUCCUCUUACUCAGUUCAGAGCUUACAAAAUAAAUGAACCGAGAAACAAAACAAGAAAACGUCUCAAAAAAAAAAUGACAUUCUAGUAUCUACGCUGAAGAUGAAAUUGUGAUUAAACCGCAGACUGUAAUCCUGUCUUUAAUCAUCCACAGAGACUCGUGAAAUGAGAAACGACGAGUAAAUCAGGCUUCAUCAUCAGCUUUACCUACAGCAGCAGCAUGUUUUUGAUUCUGUUUCUUUUCUGGAUAAUUAAGUCGACGAUCCGCUCGCUUCAGAACGACUGUGAGCGACGUUUACGCUAAAUCGGGAGCGCUAAUGAAGCGUCACAUUUCCAUCCAUCCGUUAUUUUUUUAUUUUCUAUUUCUUAUUCGUGUUUAAAACUAAAGCACGAAAUCAGAAGACAUCGUGCCGAGAUCCGUUUUACACCGGCUCUCCGUUCCGACAGGUCUAAUAUCGUUUCUAUGGUAACAAGGCAUCCACGAGCUUCGAUGCUCAGCGGAAAAGUACCUCGUUGUCUAUAUGUAAAGUUUGUUUUAUUUAUCGGCUGUUGAAGGAGUCUCCGGUGUCAGUGCUUUGUAACGGUCAGUUACCACGGAAACCGUUUUGAAGACGGUUUUCAGCAUCAUCAGGACAGACGAGUUCAUGCUUCGAGGUCAAGGUCGCUUAUAGACACUUUAACGCGAGUGAAGACAGGAAAAGUAAGUAGCAACGUCAAGAUCUGCUGUUUUAGGAAUUUAUAAGCAUUAUAAAUGAAUCAGCUUGGAAACAGGAACAGGAGCCUAUCGCAUGAAGGAAGGUCCACGUGUGUGUUACUCACGAUCUGUUUUGAUAAUGAUAUUUUUGUAUGAUGUUUUUUUCCCUUUGUCACUGAGUAAUGUAAAUAGUCUUGACUGUACUGUACAUUUAUAUAACCGUUGGGCUACAAUACAUUAUAGAGUAUUUUUCUAGUCUAGUUAUUUUUUUCUCAUUUCUCUUUAUCAGUAAAUAACAGUGAGGUUGCAGAAGAGCUCCAGCUGAUUAAACCAAACCAGAUGUUGUUACAGCUGUGUACAAUGAUUUUAUUAUCAAGGUCACAUUGGAUAUUUCUCUGUGAUGAAAAAUGCAUUAAAAUGAAUCAUUAUUA